AUGAGCGACGAGAACAAGACCACUUCCCAGGCCCUCAACGAGGCCGAACAUCAGCAGGUCCACGCCCAGAUGGCCAGCGGCAAGGGCAAGGCCAAGGCUGUUGAGGACCUGGACAUGGAUGAUGACAGCUCUUCUGAAGAGGAAGAACAGGUGAGUUACAUCUUUGAACAGGAGGAGGGCGAAGAAGACAACAUGGAGGAGAUCGACGAGAGCAACAUCAUCUCUGGUGGCAGACGCACUCGCGGCAAGACUAUCGAUUUUGCCAAGGCUGCCGAAGGUCUCGACGACGAGGAAGAUGAAGAUGAGGACGAUGACUUCGAGGACCCUGAGGAGAUGCAGCAGUAG